AUGGCGCUCCCCACAACCUUCCGCGAGUACCGACUUCCCAAGUACGAUGGCUACCACAACCUCACCAUCGUAGAGGCCAGCCUGCCCCAGCUGAAGGCAAACGAAGUCCUCGUUAAGGUCGCCGCCGUCUCCCUACAGUACCGCGACCUGCUCGUCGCGAGCGGGCGGUACCCAGCCCUGUGCAAGGACAACGUCGUCCCCGCGUCCGACAUGGCCGGCGAGAUUGUUGCCGUGGGCGCGGAUGUCCACGGAUUCAAGAACGGCGACCGCGUCUGCGCGAACUUUGCGCUCGAGCAUGUAUAUGGGGACGUCAACGAGCGCAUCAGAAACACGGGCUUGGGCGCGCCGAUCGAUGGGGUGCUCACCGAGUACCGCGCAUUCCCGGCGUAUUCCCUGGUGCACAUCCCCGCCCACCUCUCGUACGUCGAGGCGUCUACCCUCCCCUGCGCUGCCCUGGCAGCGUACAACGCCCUGAACGGCCCCACCCCGCUCAAAGCGGGCGACACCGUGCUCGUGCACGGGACGGGGGGCGUGAGCAUCUUCGCGCUCCAGUUCGCCAAGGCAUCGGGCGCGACGGUCGUCGCGACGUCGUCCUCGGACGCGAAGCUCGCGCUCGCGAAGGAGCUCGGCGCGGACCACCUCAUUAACUACAAGCAGACGCCGGACUGGGAUAAGGAGGUGCUCCGCGUGACGGAGGGACGCGGCGUCGACCAUGUCAUCGAGGUGGGUGGCCCGGGCACGCUGAUGAGGAGCCUCGCGAGCGUGCGCUACGCGGGGUGGGUGCACGUUAUCGGGUCCGUCGCCGGGGCUGGAGACACGUCCCAUGCUCCGAUCGCCGCGCUGAAAAAGGCUGCCAUCAUCCGCGGCAUCCUCAUCGGCUCUCGUGACCAGUUCGAGGCGAUGAACCGCCUCAUCGUGGCGAACAAGGUCAGGCCUGUGGUGGACAAGGUGUUCAGCUUCGAAGAGGCCAAGGAGGCGUACGCCUACCUGGAGAGCCAGAAACACGUCGGCAAGAUUGUGAUCCAGGUUGCGAAAGAAUAA